GUCAGCAGCCGCCUUCGGACUCCAAGGCAUCCUCUGCGCCAAACGGUUUCAUGCAGCAGCAGGCGACUUGAGUUGAUCCGCAGACUAUCGCCCACGGACGCCGGGGCCCAGGGUGUCCUGAUCCAAAGACAUCCUGGCCCAAGCAUAUCCUGGCCCAUGACGUUUCCUGACACCAACGAAAGCACAUUCAUGGCAAAUCCAGGACAGCCACGGGCACGUGGCAUCCGUCCUGGAAUCGUGGCGCGAGUUGGCCAAAGUGGGGGUGGGCGAUUCGUGAGGUUCAUCUGUGCUGCAUCAGCUCGCUGUUUCGAUUCCGACAGCUGCAGGACGACGACAGCAGCGACGACGACAACGAGAGCCGAUGGAUCGUAGCUCGGUGCUCGGCCGAUUGCUGGAGCGUGACUCGUACAUUGACCACCAGACCAUAUUGAAAUAUGAAGAGUCUCCAAGCGACGAGAGCAUAUCCGGGCCCCGGCGACAUUGGCUCCACGACAGGAUGUGCGCCGCGCGGCUGCCGCUUGAGCCGUUCAUCAUCAAGCUGAUCAAGAGCAGCAUCGAGAGUUCGUUCAGCCCCUGGCGGCCGGCUCGUGUUAUCCCCGAGGGCGAGAUCUAUGCGCUCUACUCAAGCAUGCUGACGAUCGAAGCCAAGCACGUCUUGAUGCUGUACUACAUCAUUCUCUUCAACGAGCGGGCAUACUCGGACCGCAAAAUGAUAUCCAUUCAAGCGCCUUUCUCGGACUCUCUGGCGAACGUCAUCCCGAUCAAGUCCAUCCUCGGAUUUGCCGAGCGGCACGAUGGCGGCAAAUCGUUCAAGCUGAUAUUUCCCCAUCUCGCCUCCAUGGUUGCCACCCAGUUUCUGGAGCUCUGGGAUAGCGAGCGAUUUUUGGACGAAGAGGACCUCAAUUUAUUGGCGACUCAUGACACAACGAUACUCGCUAAGGAUGGCAUUACGGAGGUGCAGCCAUGGAAGGUCCUCUAUCACUACGAAGGCGAGCUGCGGGCCCUGCUAAGUGGGUUUCUGAGCAACCCCGAUGUCUCGCUGUCUGAGAAACGCACUUUUCGACGGCUCUGGGCGCACAUUGGCUACACUUGUCCGCGCGAGCUGUGGAUGUUUACUGCUCGGGUACUUUGUCCUGGCCAAGGGAUAACGCAGGACAGUCUCAUCAACGAUCCGAUACAGGUCUUGGACUGCAACACUCGCGUUUUCGAUUCAGACGUGCUGACGAGGGUGCUCUUGGAGACACUGCGCUCGUUCAUGCUUGUUUCGCGGUAUCGCAUCAAGCGCACGCUGCUGAAUUCCUCAAACCCAGCACUCUCCAGCCAGCCGCAGCGGGAGAACACCGAAUAUGCCCUACUGUCACUCCAAGAGACCGAAAUCAUACAGCGACUGCUGGAUAUAUGCUACCAAUACCGUGAGCGCGAGAGCUCGGUAGCAAUCAUCUACAAAUUUCUGCAUCAGCUCUUCAUCAACAACCCGACAUAUAUCAAGCUCGUCCACUUCCAAGGCUACCGCAUUGAGCUGAUAAAAGACACCGUCAAGAACAUACCAUCGAUGCAUGUGUGUCUGGAUUUUGUCACAGAGCUCCUCAAACAGCCCGAUGAGUACCACCAAUCAUUCGGCAUCCAUCUAAUGGCUCAGCUAGCGGCGACGUAUCCGAUAGCCAAAAGUCUGCAGAUCCUCCAGGACAGUGUCUUCCACAAGAUUCGAUCGAUGACGCUGCGGUUCUUGGACUAUCACGAGGGCCAGGAGCCCGUAUCGUUUGAAACCAUCAACUCGAUCAUCCCCACCCUGUCAGUCAUCUGGCAAGCCUUUCCGUUCUUGCAGGAAAGCAUCACAUCUGUUUUGAAGGAUUUGGAUGAGCAAAUCAAGUCAUCCAAGCUCAAAUCUCGGUUCAAGAUUUACAAGGUUCUGAACCAGACCUUCCAGAAGAUUUCAAAUCCUGCCGAAGCUGCAGUUCGGGCCAGCCAGCACUAGUCAUGAUGUCCGACAUCCGCAGACCCGAAGGGCGUCUCUUGAACUUGGUCCACUCUCCCCACUAAAACGUGAUUUCGCUUGCGAACUGAUCCUGAAGGGCGUUCAUUCGCCGAAAAAACUGGUCGCGCUUGCUCCGGCGCUUAGACUCGGCUCUCUGGUCAACCGAGCUCAUUCCCAGGGUAUCUUGGUCCGGCUGGAUCUGAGUCCAGAGCUCCAAAGGACUAGAGAAGGUGCUGCCCCAAACACCAGUCUGGGUGAGCAGGGCCGAGCGAUCAAACGAGUCCGCGAAUGACUGGGCAUAGAGUUGGCUUGAUAACUGGUCCUCGUAGCUGCCGUGAAACACUGGAAAUCAAGAACAUCAGCCACGAUGUACGGGC